GCUGCGAAUUUAAAAAUCUUUUAUUCUACGUCAUCCUCUAGCUAACCAGAAAAUCACAAGGUUGUAUCUAUUCUACACAAUAAUGGAACACCUGCGCAAGUUUGCAGACAAUUUCUCAAGGUUCAAAGCAAAUAAAUAAAUUAUUAAAUUUCACUAUAAAAAGCUGUGCCUGUCAACCGAACUACAACACAAUCUUCGAAAUCAUUCUUCGGAAAUAAACUACCACUUCGCAAAAUGAGAUCUUACACAAUCAUCCUGAGCUGUGCUGUCUUGGCCGCCUUCUUCGUCAGGAGCAGCGAUGCAGUCGCCUGUUCAACAACUAUCACCACCAACUGCACGGAUUGCUCGGAUGGUAACAACGCUACCAAUGACGAUUGUACCACAACAACAACAACUACAACUGUGGCUUCCGUUACCCUGAAACCCUCUCGCCGCAUGAUUGUUCGAGUUUCAAAUCUGAGAUAUACAAAUGUGAGACGUAUUCGUGUGAAUCGCAAUGGAUCUAGCUCCAGCAGCAGCACUGGAACUGGAACUACUGGAACUUCAAGCACACGCAACAGUCGCAGAACAAACCGCAAUCGCAGCUCCAAUCGCCGCAAUGUUCGUGUGCUCAGAGGUUAAUUAUAAGAUGAUAUUUUUCAUGAGUGAAUAAAUAUAUACAAAUUGUUAUUGAACACCUAUUCUUCUUCUAUGCUAGUGUAGUAAAUUCUUCAGUAAAUUAGUAUACAAUAUUGGUUGAUUG